GCUACCCAGCGAGUAAAGUGAAGCUACCGAGAAUUGAACUGUGACUUAAGGAUACGCAAUCGCUACGUAUCGAAAUUCUUGACGACAAACUGUCAAUAACGCUAAUAAUUUCGUGAGUUUCUCGAUUGAGUGGAGCAUCUCCAUCGUCAAUUGCGAGUAUCGGGUGUGUGAAGAGGAAAUCAGAUCUACAGACACAGACGGCUUAAACGAGCUUUCAGAUAUCUGUACAAAAUGAAAACAAAGACCGCGACCGCAGUGGGCAUUGACCUGGGCACGACCUACUCGUGCGUGGGUGUAUUCCAGCACGGCAAGGUCGAGAUCAUCGCCAACGAUCAAGGCAACAGGACAACUCCUUCUUACGUCGCCUUCACAGACACUGAAAGGCUCAUCGGUGACCCUGCCAAGAAUCAAGUCGCCCUCAAUCCCAUCAACACAGUUUUUGAUGCCAAGAGGCUUAUUGGCCGUAAAUAUCACGACCAAACUGUUUCCAGUGACAUGAAACACUGGCCUUUCAAAGUUAUUGAUGUUGAUGGGAAACCCAAGAUCAAGGUGGAAUACAAAAAUGAAAACAAGACAUUCAGUCCUGAAGAAAUAUCCUCCAUGGUUUUGAUGAAAAUGAAGGAAAUAGCUGAAGCUUAUCUGGGAAGCGCCGUUAAAGACGCUGUCAUCACUGUGCCUGCUUACUUUAACGACUCCCAGCGCCAAGCAACAAAGGAUGCUGGCGCCAUCGCUGGCUUGAAUGUGCUCAGGAUUAUCAACGAACCCACAGCUGCAGCCAUCGCCUACGGUCUCGAUAAGAAGGGAAGCUCAGCAGGUGAACGAAAUAUCCUCAUCUUCGAUUUAGGCGGCGGGACUUUUGAUGUCUCCAUCCUGUCAAUUGAUGAUGGCAUUUUUGAAGUGAAAGCAACUGCCGGGGAUACUCAUCUUGGAGGCGAAGACUUCGAUAAUCGUCUUGUAAGCCACCUUGCUCAGGAGUUCAAGAGGAAGCACAAGAAAGAUAUCUCGGAGAAUAAGCGGGCUUUGAGGCGAUUGAGAACUGCGUGCGAACGAGCUAAGAGGACUCUAUCCUCGUCUGCACAGGCCAGCAUUGAGAUUGACUCGCUUUUCGAGGGCAUCGAUUUCUACACGUCCAUCACCCGCGCGCGAUUCGAAGAAAUGUGCUCGGACCUCUUCAGAGGAACACUUGAUCCUGUUGAAAAAGCGCUUCGCGACGCCAAAAUGGACAAGGGACAUAUUCACGAAAUAGUCCUAGUUGGUGGCUCUACCCGAAUCCCAAAAAUACAAAAGCUGUUGCAAGAUUUCUUCAACGGAAAAGAGCUUAACAAGUCGAUCAAUCCCGACGAGGCGGUUGCUUACGGGGCAGCUGUUCAGGCUGCCAUCCUUAGUGGUGACAAAUCAGAGGCAGUCCAGGAUUUACUUCUCCUCGAUGUCGCCCCAUUGUCAAUGGGACUCGAGACAGCAGGAGGAGUCAUGACUACCCUCAUAAAGCGUAACACUACCAUUCCUACUAAACAGACUCAAACCUUCACUACAUACUCUGACAAUCAGCCCGGUGUGCUCAUCCAGGUUUACGAGGGCGAGCGCGCCAUGACAAAGGAUAAUAACCUGCUCGGCAAGUUCGAGCUCUCCGGCAUCCCACCUGCUCCUCGUGGCGUCCCGCAGAUCGAAGUUACUUUCGACAUCGACGCCAAUGGCAUCUUGAAUGUUUCUGCUGUUGACAAGUCCACCGGCAAGGAGAGCAAAAUUACCAUCACCAACGACAAAGGUCGACUAAGCAAGGAAGAGAUCGAGAAGAUGGUACAAGACGCUGAAAAGUUCAAAGAUGAGGAUGAUAAGCAAAAAGAAAAGAUUUCUGCCAAGAAUUCGUUGGAAUCCUACUGCUUUAAUAUGAAGUCAACUCUUGAAGACGACAAAGUGAAAGAUAAAAUUUCUGAAAAUGAUCGCAAGAAAGCCCUGGACGCGUGUGGCGAUGCUCUCAAAUGGCUGGAUGCUAACCAUUUGGCAGAGAAAGAAGAAUUCGAGCAUAAACAAAAGGAAGUGGAAAAAGUGUGCACUCCCGUGAUCAGCCAGCUCUAUGGAGGAGCUGGGGGGCCCAUGCCCAACGGUGGCAUGCCCGGGGGAUGCAAAUCAGCUGGCGGACCAACAAUCGAGGAAGUGGAUUAAAUAUUAAAUUAUUACAUUUGAAUGUAUUAUUUGUAAAUGUUGUGUUGGUAUCAAAUACUUUAUCUAGAGAAAAUUAUAAUGAAUUGUAACUUAUUGACGUGCAUCAUGAUGACUAAACGGGUAUCUGGAAAUUCAAUCUGUUCAUGGAGAGUCAUAAUGUAAUUGUCUAGAGUAAUUGUAUGUUGAUCUGUAACUAUCUUGUUGAUCGUGCUUAGUAUAGUUGAUAGCUUGUUAGUGAUGAAUUUGUACAAAUAGUACUAUUUUUAUUUAAUUUAUUAUUAAAUUCUCCUAGUUACAGUCAGAGUGAGUUGACACCCUUGUAUAAAUAAUCUUGUAGGUUAUAUAUAAUAAAAGUAUUAAAUUGA